UUCACCAGCAACGGACUGUACUACACUCAAAUUUCUGCAGAAAAGGAAAAACGCAAAAUUUUCCUCUUUCCCAAAUUUUUUUCCCUCUUUUAUUUUAUUUUAUUUUUCCUUUUUUUUUUUUUUUCAAACCCUAAAUCCUUCACUAACUCCUCUAAUGGCGAUCGCAUCUCCGUCCGCUCCGAGCUUCUCCGCCUCCUUCUGCUGCACUCGGAGCGAGUCACUGCCACCGGGCUUCACUCGCUUCCCCUCCAUUGCUCCGCCGCACGCCCAGCGGAGCCGAGCUCACCAUCCCCAAAACCGCCGACUCGCCAUCUCGUCGCGGUUCUACUCGUCGACGCCUUCCGGCGCCGGUGGCUCCGUCUCGCCGGACAACGGCGGCGAUCUCCAGUACGAGCUGUUUUAUGGAUUCUCACCACAGCGUCCGAGGAGGGGAUCGCCGGUGUUCGUCACGCUCCCGGUGGACGCCGUGGGCCCUGCCGGCCAGGUCCGGCGGCGUAAGGCGAUGGCGCAGUCGUUCCGUGCGCUGGCGGCCGCCGGAGUUGAGGGCGUGGUCAUGGAGGUCUGGUGGGGUUUGGUGGAGAGGGAUCGGCCUAGGGUUUACAAUUGGCAAGGCUAUCUGGAGAUUAUCGCGCUCGCGCGAAGGUGUGGGCUGAAGGUUCGAGCGGUCAUGGCGUUUCAUCAAUGCGGCACUGGACCCGGGGACCCUCAUUGGAUUCCUCUUCCGCUGUGGGUACUUGAAGAGAUUGAUAAAGAUCCAGAUUUAGCUUUUUCUGAUAGAUUUGGUCGAAGGAAUGUGGAAUACAUUUCUCUUGGAUGUGAUAUGCUCCCGGUUUUAUGUGGCCGUUCUCCAAUUCAAGCUUAUACAGAUUUUAUGAGGAACUUCAGAGAUGCUUUUAGACCCUUUUUUGGUGCUAUUAUUACAGGAAUUCAGGUUGGGAUGGGUCCUGCAGGUGAAUUAAGGUAUCCCUCAUGUCCUUCCCAUAAGCUCACAUGGGCUUGGCGCUCUCGUGAACUUGGAGAGUUUCAGUGCUAUGAUAAGUAUAUGCUUGCGUCUCUCAAUGCUUGUGCAAGGGAGAUUGGGAUGAGAGAAUGGGGAGACGGGGGACCUGUUGGAACUGGCAAUUUGAUGCAUGACCCUGAGCAUUCAGACUUCUUCAGAAGUGAUAAGGGAUCUUGGAACACUCCGUACGGAAAUUUUUUUCUUGAAUGGUACUCAGGAAUGCUGCUGCAGCAUGGAGAAAGGAUAUGUAGGGUAGCUGGGACAAUUUUCCGGGGUACAGAAGUUAAUAUGUCGGCUAAAGUGGCUGGCAUCCACUGGCAUUAUGGCACAGAGUCUCAUCCAUCAGAGUUGACUGCUGGCUACUACAAUACUUCGAUGAGGGAUGGAUACCUACCAAUUGUUCGCAUAUUUGGUAGGUACGGUUUCACUUUAUGCUGCUCAUGUUUUGAAAUGCAAGAUAGAGAAGAGAAACAGAUGAAUUCCGUCAGUAGCCCGGAGGGCUUUCUUAAGCAGCUGCUAUUGGCAGCUAGGGUGUGUGACGUACCCCUUGAAGGCGAAAACUCUGCUGCAAAUUUGGACGAUCCCUCGUUCCGACAGGUUGUGAAGAUGUCGAGGUUUUACUCAGAUGGUCUAGAAAAGCCCUCCUUCUCAUUCAACUUUGUGAGGAUGGACAAAAACAUGUUUGAAUAUCAAAAUUGGGUUCGUUUUACUCGGUUCGUGAGGCAAAUGUCAAAUGCCAACAUAUUUCGAGCCAAGCUAAGUUUCGGGGGUGAUAUACAACAGUUUCUAACAUCCAGAUCGGACCCAAAAUUGGGAAUUGCUUUUGCUUAUUGCUAGAAAAGUUGCGUCCCAUUUACAUCACCAAAGCAAAUGCUAUCUUCUCACAGCAGCAUUUGAUGUGAAUAUGCACACAUACAGACUACCUCUGAUCUACUGCUGUGAGUUGUGUAGUAAUGCCUCAUUUUUUCCCUAAUGGAUAUCCAUGGCAUUGAUCUUAUUAUUAUUAUUAUUAUUAUUAUUAUUAUUUUAUCGGAAUGUAUUAUAAUAUUUCGCCUUCCUACUAUUUUGAAAAUGGUUGGCUUGUUAUCUACUGGUAUAUCUUCUAUAUUUUUUUGAAGAUUGAUUAACAGUAGAGUCUACUUUUAAUCCUCUUGCC